CUGAGGCUGCCGCUAUAUAUUGUAUGAGAACAUUAAAGGAACAUAUGAUCACUGAAGUUGGCAGUUCUUUCAUGAUAGUGGAUUGCGGUGGUGGUACUGUGGAUCUUACGACUCGAGAGUUAUUGGAAAAUAAUAGGCUAGGUGAAAUUACUGAACGUUCAGGUGAUUUCUGCGGUGGGACAUAUGUAGAUAAGGAAUUUAUAAAAUUCUUAAGGCGAAAAGUUGGUGAUUCAGCUAUAAAUCUGUUACUUGAAAAUCACUACGGUCAAUUACAAUAUAUGGUACAGGAAUUCUGUCGCCGUGUCAAAUUACCAUUUACUGGUAAUAGGAAAGAUUUUAAAACCUACGAACUUGAUAUCGAAGAAGUAUGCCCAGUACUGAAACAAUAUGUAGCCGGAACUUCAAAAGUAAAAUUAGAGAAAGAUGACUGGAUAAUUGAUUUAGAAUAUGAAGACGUUAAAAGUAUGUUUGAUCCAGUAGUAGGCAAGAUCAUUAGGUUGAUUAAUGGGCAACUUAAUGCCAGCACAGGAACUUGCGCUGCAAUGUUUUUGGUUGGCGGGUUUAGUGAGUCUAAGUAUCUUCAGACGAGAAUUAAACAAGAGUUUGGAGAUCAGGUCAAGAAUAUUAAUGUUCCAAAGCAACCGAUUGCUGCGAUCGUAAGAGGUGCAUUGGACUACGGACUGAACAUGAAAACUAUUAAAACUAGAGUUCUAAAAUGGACCUAUGGCAUUGAAUUAUCGCCACAAUGGAAGAAAGGAGAUCCACCGGAACGUAAGAUUUCUCAUGGACGUAUCAAUGUUUUUAGUAAACUUGUUUCUCGUGGAACAAUAGUUGAUGUAGAUCAAGGUUUUGGUAAAGAUUUAUUCCCAAGUAUAGAAGAUCAAUCAGCAGCGAGUAUGAAAAUUUACAAAACCCCUGCAGUUGAUGGAAAAUAUCCUGAUGAACCGGGAAUGGAAAAACUAGGAGAAUUGAUAUUGGAUUUCCCAGACGCGCACUUAGGAUUUAAUCGAAAAUUGGAAUUUACUUUAUCAUUUGGGCAAAUGGAAAUUCGAGCAUAUUGUAAAAACCAAAAUGGAAAGAGUGUUGAUGCUGUGUUUAACUUAGAAUUUUAA